AUGCCGUCACAUCAUAUGGAAAUUUUCAAGAUCCCAGAGACCACUAUUAAAGAGAUGGACAAACUGCAGAGAGAUUUCUGUUGGAAUAAACCGCAAGGAGGAGGUAUCUAUAUAACUCGUUGGCCAAGAAUGUGCAGAGACAAAGCAACAGAAGGAUUAGGUUUUCGUGACCUACACUGCUUUAACCAAGCACUCUUAGCAAAAGCUGCUUGGAGGUUAUGUCAACAACAACAACAGCUCUGCGCUAUAGCUUUAAAGGAGAGAUAUUUUCCUCUCACUAAUGUUCUUCAUGCAAAGAAGAAAAAGAACUCAACCUGGGCUUGGAACAACAUACAAGGGAUGAUGGAUUUUGUUAAAAACUGGAGUUUCUGGAUCGUUGGAGAUGGCAGGAAAAUUCAAACAUGGAAAGACAAUUGGAUCAUAGGUAAGCAUUCACCUCCAGUACAAGAAGUGGACAGCGAUGAAGCUCAAAGAUACGUCACAGUAAACAAUCUCAUUGAUUCACACACCAAAUCUUGGAAGGUAGAUAUUGUCAGAAGAUUGUUUAAUUCAGAAGAUGUUGAGAAGAUUUUGCAGAUUUGUUUAACUGAAUCGGAGAAGAUAGAUUAA